AUGUCUUCUCAUGACGAAACGGUGGAUACCGAUGAUGAUGAUUCUACCUCGAUGAUUGCUCCUGGGCACCUAGGAAAUAAAGAUACCAUGCUAAAACUCGCCUUCAUUGAUUAUUUAAAGAAGUUGGGUAUUAAUGAGCUUGUCAAUCUUCCUCAGGUACGCUCGCUUAUCAUUGCCACAUACCCCUAUGCAUACAUCAAACUCUCUACAGCGUUAAACUAAUGUAAAAACAGCUUGUCGUCAUUGGUGAUCAAAGCUCUGGUAAGAGUUCCGUUCUUCAAGCUAUCACACAACUUCUAUUUCCCGUAGACGACGGUCUCUGUACUCGUUUCCCAACCGAGGUUUCCCUACAACGAGCAUCCGAACACUCCCUCGAGAUUAGUAUCGCGAAACAAGUUCGUGCUUUCGAUGUGCUCAAUCAAACUCUUUCGAACAAAAAGUGGUUGGACAAACAGUCUGCGCGUAUCGAUGACUUUAACGGGAAAUGGGAGGGACAAAAUGCACAGCCUGUGGAUUUUGGUGAUAUAAUUACACAGGUAUUGUCUCCGUUCUCAUUGACCUUUGCAAAAGUUAUGAUUGAGCAUGAAUACUAAUCUGUUGCUAGGCAAGAGUAGCAAUCAUGGGAGAUCCCAAUGAAUCAAGUAAAGCUAUCAAGGCACAGAACAAGAAGAACGUACUCAGUGAUGCGACUCUGAAAAUUGUGAAGAAGGGGCCCGGAGAAAUCAAUAUUACAAUUAUUGAUAUACCUGGUUUGGUUUCAUGUAAGUCUUUGCCAUUUGUUCAUGGUUGCUCGAAUUUCUGACACUUAUCAGCAAAUCAUGCCGGUAAUAAAAUAGCUAAAUCAUUGGUGGAACAUUACAUAAAUAAUCCCAGAAGUAUUGUUCUGUAAGUCAACCAGAAAGGAAGUUAUAGAUUUUGACUGACAUUCUCAAGAGCUGUUGCACAUCCUGCAAAUGUGGAAACUCAGGAUAUUUUCCAACUUAUUGCGAAGAUUGAUGGGUGGAAAGAUCGAGUCAUUGGUGUUAUUACCAAGUGUGAUAAGAUAGAAGUAGAUGGGGAUGAUUGGGUUCGUAUUUUCGAUGACUGUUACUUCUAUCAUGAAUGUAUACUGAUAAAUAGCAAUGACAGGUUUACAAAGCCAUCAAGAACGAAGAGACAGAUCUUAUUUUCAACAGGUGUCUCAAAUACGGCUGGUUUGCAUUGCGAAAUCUUUCUCCCGCAGAAAGAAAAGCCAAGCUCAGUAGCAAUGACCGAGAUAAUAAGGAAGCAGCAUUAUUCCGUCAAAAAGCCUGGACAGAUCUCAAAUGUCCCCAAAAACUCGGAAUCAAGAAUCUCAAAAAUGCUUUGACAACAAUGCAUAAUGAACAUGUCACUCGGAGUAUUCCACAACUCAUUCCCGAAAUUGAAAAACGUCUCGAAGCUGCUGAGGCGAAGAUUCAAGGAUUGGGUCAACCGCGAACCACACCGGAGAGUCAGAUGAAUUGUCUCGUCAAUCUUGCGACGAAAUAUUCUCUUCAUGCAGCUGAUGCUAUCGAUGGACAUAAUGAUCGUUUACCGGUCAGUUGUGCAGAAGUUAAAAUUCGAAAAAUCGUCCGCGAUGCUCUCGAUGAAUUUAGAGAUCGGAUGACGGCGGUAUAUGAAGAGCGGUUCAAUUUCAAUCGUCCUGCUUUUUCCUUAGAAUCAGAGGAAGAACGAACAUGGGAAAGAUCAAUACUUAGAAACAAGUACUUUACUGAAAUCAGCAAAUGCAUCAACGAUAAUCGUGGCAUGGAAAUGGCAGAUGAAGUCAAUACAGCCGUGUUACGCAGUCUCUGGUGUGGAAUAACACCAGAUUGGAGAGAACAAACGCAAAAACUCAUCGAGCAUCUAAUCAAAGCAAUAGGCAAAUCAGUAGAAUGUCUACUCCACGCGAUCUGUGACGAACAAUCUCUCCGUCUCAACAUCCAAAACCUACUCGAAGAAGACAAAAAGAUAAUCCAAAGCGACGCCAUGCGCGAACUCGAGCACCUUCUCAACGACGAAAAAUCAGGUCUAAUCGUCACGCUUAACAAAUGGAACGUACGACGACUCCAAGAAUUACGCUGCGGACGAAUUAAUUUCAUGGUGUCGCAAUUGGAUGCGCUCAAGCCUCGUGAUAAGGCGUUUGUGCGUACACAGGUACAGAAUUGGUUUGGACAUCAUGCGAAGAUUGAGGCGAUUUUUACGACCCAUGAUAAGUUGGCUAGUUAUUAUGAGAUUGGGAUGGUGAGGUUUGUGGAUAAUGUUUGUCAUCAGGUUUGUGAGAGGCAUCUUUUGGGGGGGAAGAGUCCGUUGAGGACUUUUGCGCCGGAUUUGAUCACGAUGAGGUUUCAGGGGGUGAGUUUUUUUUUAGUUUUUUUCAUUCUCUCGCCCCUCUAUCCCAAUCCCCUCAUAUACAUCCCCUCAUAUACAUCAUCCCAUUCCAUCUCCCACAUCCAAACCUCACUUCUCCCCCCAUCAAAAAAUCACAAUCAACAAUCCCAAACCCCUCAAAUAAAGCCACUAAAUACAAAAACAACUCGAAUACUAACUAACUAAUAUAACCAAAACCCUACAGAACGAAGAGGCACUAAAAAAAAUCGCUGGAGAAACUAAAAAACAAUUAGCUGAUCGCAAUGCAUUGAGACGGGAUAAGGAAUUGUUGCGUCAGGCUAUGGGUAAGGCGAAGGAGUAUAAGGUUAAUUUGGGGGUGCAGGGGAUGGGGUUGUGAGAGAGUGGGAAGGGAUGGGGUUGGGGAGUUUCUGAUUUGGGAUUGUGGUGGGAGAAUGCGUGGAUGAUGGAUAGAUGGAUGGAUGGGGUUUUUAAAGAUGAGAGGAUAGGUUGUG